CCGCGCCUCCCCCCGCUCCCCGCCGGCCCUCGCCCAGUCCCCGGCGCCCGUCCGCACCUCGCCCGCGCCCGACGCGGGUGCGACCCCGGCGGCUGGGGAGGCGGCGGCGCGGCGGGGGGAGCCCCUCGGAGGACAAUGCACCCGGCGUUCGGCCACCCCCGCGCGGUCUCGUCCUCGGCCGGCUCCUUCCCGCCGCCCCCCGCCGCCGCGCGGCUGCAGCCCCUGUUCCUCCGGAGGGGCUCCUCCCGCGGCCGGCGGGGCUCGGGCGACAGCAGCACCACCAGCACCAGCCGCGCGGGAGGCGGAGGCGGCUCUCCCGGCAGCAGCACCGGCGCCGAGCGGGAGGACGACGACGAGAGCGUGAGCAUCAGCCGACCGCUGGUGCCCGCCGCCGCCGCGGGGCUCUCGGCGCCCAGGGGCCCGGGGGGCGCCCCUGCCGCCGGCCCGGCGCCCGCCGCGCUCUCCUCCUCUGGGGCAGCCUCCUCCUCCUCCACGCCCACUUCCUCCUGCAGCAUGACUGCCGCGGACUUCGGCGGGGGCGCCGCGGCGGGGGCCGUCGGGGGUCCCGGGGGGCGCGCGGCGGCGGCCGCGGGCGGCGGCGGGGCAGGCAGUGGAGCCUCCUGCUGUUCGUGCUGCUGCUGCUGCGCCCGCCCGGCCCGGCCGGGUCGCCGGGGUCGGCGCCGCGGCUGCGCCCCCAGCCCGGGCUGCCGCUGGGGCUACCAGGCGCUGUCCGUGGUGCUGCUGCUGGCGCAGGGCGGCCUGCUGGAUCUCUAUCUCAUCGCCGUCACCGACCUGUACUGGUGCUCCUGGAUCGCCACCGACCUGGUGGUGGUGGUGGGGUGGGCCAUCUUCUUCGCCAAGAACAGCCGGGGCCGUCGGGGCGGCGCGGCGGGCGGCGCGCACAACCACCACCAGCACCACCACCACGCCGCGCCCCCUCUGCACCUGCCUGCCGCCUCCUCUGGGGCUGCGGCCGCGGCCAAGGCGCGUGGCGGCCGCGGGGGCGCCGGAGGCCCGGGGGUCGGCGUGGGGUCCACCGCCGCGGCGGGGGAAUUCGCCUUCGCCUACCUGGCCUGGCUCAUCUACUCCAUCGCCUUCACGCCCAAGGUGGUACUGAUCCUGGGCACGUCCAUCCUGGACCUCAUCGAGCUGCGAGCGCCCUUUGGCACGACGGGCUUCCGCCUGACUAUGGCGCUGUCCGUGCCCCUGCUCUACAGCCUCGUGCGCGCCAUCAGCGAGGCAGGCGCCUCCGGCCGCGCGGCGGGACCCCUGCUCCUGCAGCCACAGCAGCACCGCGCCGCCGGCUGCUUCCUGGGCACGUGUCUGGACCUGCUCGACAGCUUCACCCUGGUGGAGCUGAUGCUCGACGGUCGGGUGCCGCUCCCCGCGCACCUGCGCUACCUGCUCAUCGCCGUCUACUUCCUCACACUGGCCUCGCCAGUGCUCUGGCUCUACGAGCUCAACGCCUCUCUGGCAACUUCGCCCUGGCACCAGGCUUCGGGACCCGGCAGCUGCAGCCGCCUUCUGCGUUUGCUGGGCGGCUGCCUGGUGGACGUGCCCUUGCUGGCGCUGCGCGGCCUCCUGGUGGUGAGCUACCAGCAGCCCCUCUCCAUUUUCAUGCUCAAGAACCUCUUCUUCCUUGGAUGCCGGGGCCUGGAGGCCCUGGAGGGCUGUUGGGACCAGGGGAGUCGGACCUCCCCUAAUCGGGCCAGAGGGGGCUAUGGGGCUCCGCCCUCUGCCCCCCCACCCCCUCCUCCACCGCCUCAGGGAGGCUCGCAGCUGGGCCACUGCAUCUCAGAGAACGAGGGCGGGACCCAUGGCUAUGUCAACACCCUGGUGGUGGCCCCCCAGAAUUGAGAGAACAAGGGAGCUGGACUCGGUUUGGGGAUGGGCUUGCACAGCUCCAGCUCCCUGUCUCCGGACCUGCUCCCACCGGUUUGCCCAAGUUGUUUGGAAGAGGUGACAGCUGACAGGGUGUGGGGCCAGGCGUCUUUCCUGCCUCUUCCUGCAGACUGCCAGAGGCAAGAGCAGAAAGUAAGGAUGAGGAAGGAAGGUUCACUUACACCCACUUGCCACGAGCUCCCUAAUUCUAGCCUCAAAGGAACUAGAUUCUUCUGCUUCUUGGAUUUCCCGUCUGUCUGGAUUCUAGUCCCUCCAGGGGAGUGGAGCAGGGGGCCUACUCAGGCAGAAGGGUUGAGCCUCGGGAAGUACCAACUUUUAGACUGUUCUGAUGGCCUUGUCCCGAGCCUUGAAAUUAGCCUAGAAUCCACUGUUUCCCUGAUGUGUCUUGAAUUUCUCCCAGAUGAUAACUGCAAAGCCUACGUGUGUACGUGUAUGUGGGUAGCACUGAUUUCCUGUGUCCACCAUGUGGCCCCUUGUAACCAGGAGGAGAGCCAGGAGGCUGAGCCCUCUGUGCCACCCAGACAUCACCAUCCUCAUUCCUACCUGCAUUUGUGGCCAUAAAUUUCCAGAAAGCUGGGUUCCCAGAAGCUGCCCACUCGCUCUCCAAGGGACAUGCUUGCUGGAAUCCUCUAUUCUGCUCCUCUUUUCAUCUUGGAGGGAGAAGGUCCAUAUCCUAAGGACCAAACUGCACCCUUUCUUGGGUGAGUGAGCAUUUCUACCUCCGUGCUUUCAACUGUCAUUGCAUCUGGCACCAAAGCUGCUUGCAAAAAUAAAGACAAACCACUCAGAAGUUGAUCUAACAUGACCACUGAAUCUAGCUGGGGUUUGGUGCCAGUGUUUAUACAGGGUCUGUGGACAUAUCAGCCAUUAGCUUGCCCACUUCUGUCCCUAGUUCUGCUUCCCACAACUCUCCUUCCUGAUAUUUGGUAUUGACUGCGCCUCAUUUUGUCUUAGAACAGCUUUGCUGGGGUCCUUGGAUUAAUGUGGAGUUGGACCUCUGGGAGGAGGAACCCCAGCUCACAGACCAUCCUCCGGGGUGGGCAAGGUUUCCUCCUCUUCAGGUAAGAGGAUCUCGAGAAGAGAAGUGAGCUGUCUGAAAUUGCGUGGAGCCUCCCCCCCACCGCCCCAGCCUUCCCUGAUAGCUCUUGUUGAGAUGACAACACUAAUGGGUUGCCCACUUCUGGUCUUGAUGUGGGACGUCACUCUCUUGGGAUCUUUGAGGUGCUCUCGGUGCAGGAUGGCUAGGAGCAAGGCCAGGAAAUAAUCACUUUUCUCUGCCCCUCAAUAGGGUGGGGGCUUGUAGGAAUUUUUGUUUGUUCUCCUCUCCUACCAUGCUUGAAAGGUUAGACAUGUUGCUAUAAACACUGCCCAAGGGACAAGGGGAGUACGGUUUGACUCUGUCACUCACUGCCUUGGAGUGACCACGUCACUUUUACCUCCAGGCCCUUGGUGUCUCUCCUGGGGACUCUCUUAUGGCAUCUGUUGACAGAGUACAGCAGAGACUGAGGAUCUGGUGGCCUGUCUCGGUACCCAGAGACCCCUCUAGAGGAAGGCAAUGGGGAAUGUUCAGUCAGUGAACCCCACGACCCCCCCCGCCCGCCUUUCCCCUAUUUGGUCCAAUCUUAGAGGCCUGGAUUCUGCUACGAAUUAGUCUUUUUCUGCCUUUUAUUCUCCCUACUAGCUCCUCUCCUUUUGAAUUUCAUGGACUCAAAAUUCUGGGGCCCAGACCUGGGAGAGGGGUCCAUAUGGCUGGGCCCUCUCAUUCCUGGUUCUUUCCUCCACUCUCUCUCCAGCUUUGCUGUUUCUCUGCUACCUAAUCUCAGUGAGUAUGAAAAGACUCUGUGUCUUUUCCACUUUCUUUCUCUUCUGGGGAUGCUGGUCUGCUACGUGGCUGUAAAAUAUUGAGUGUCAGGAGGUGGGAGGCUGGGAUAGGGUCCAGUGAGCUGUACUUCCUGGCACAUUGGUGACACCUUGGCCACUUUGGGCAGAGCCCAGGCUACAUGUAGGCUCUGUCUGCUGUCCCUUCAACCCAAUACCCCCUAUCAAGUCUCUGGUGCAAGCACUUAGUACUCCUUUCUGGCGUAUUUUUCUUGAGUCCCUCUAUUCUGCCCAGUUACAAGAAAUGACCCCUCAGGCAACUCGGAGAAUCAGAAGAGUGGGGUCAAACUAGUGUCCCUGUCAGCGCGAUGAUCAGAUCGAGUAUUGGCUUUAAGGCGCAUGGCAGCCGUCCACCUCCCAGAACUCUUCUGAGUUCAGAUUGCGUGCUUCUGACAGCUGGCGAGGGCGGCCUGACCUCGACUUGAAUUCCUGCUUAUCUGUUUUUAUUCACUUAUUUUUGGUUUGGGGGUCACAUACAUGGUGCUCAGAGGUUUACUUCAAGCUCUGCAUUCAGCAAUUACUCUUGGCAGGCUCGGGGACCACAUGGGAUUCCAGGGAUCAAACCCAGGUAGGCUGUGUGCAAGGCAAGCGCCUUACCGUUUCAUCACUCGGGCCCCUCAUAUUUGUUUUUAGAAGAGGUCGCGUUCAGACUUCUCUGAGCACCCUGCCCGUGGCUGAGUCCAUGCCUUUCCAGAGAGCCAGCUGGCAGUGAGAGGCUGGCAGAAGGCAAGCGGCACCUCACUAGCAUCUAUCACUCUUCCCACACACACAUUUUUUUAAAAAUAAAGCCAGAUUCUGUACUGAAAAUAAAGAACUUGAGACUUGUGAAAA